AUGUGCUGUGUUGUAUGCCUCGUGCCUCGCAUCGAGAGUGGAGGUCCUCCGGGUGUUGGCAAAACUUACACAGUUGAGGCUAUCUCUGAGUGGUUGCACCGGCCGCUCCUCGCGCUCACAGUGGCUGAUAUCGGCACAAUCGAGACACUAGUCGAAAGCCACCUCAUGAAAUGGUUUAAUCUCGCGGAAGCCUGGAAUGCAGUGCUCCUCGUUGAUGAAGCAGAUAUUUUUCGUCAACGACGUCAGAAUCGAGACCUCGCCCGAAACGGAUUGAUUGAUGAUGCCUUCAUUUCACGUGUCCAUGUCGCAAUCGGGUACCAGUCUCUCAAUGAAGAAACGGGGCGGAAGGUCUGGAACGGCUUUUUCCGGAAGCUGGUGUGCGACCGCGCGGGUAAGAUCCAGAUCACACCCGAUGCGAAGAAGUGGGUUCUCGAUACCACCAACGAGACACAACUGAACGGGCGCGAUAUCCGCAAUGCACUACAGACGGCUAUCACGCUGGCGGAGUUCGGGAGGGAUCCGGAAUACAAUGAGUCACUGGGGACGAUUGUCACUAAAGCGCACUUCCAGGCUAGAGAUGUCUAA